AUAAAUCAGUCCGGACUCUGAGUCCAGCUCUGAUGAUCAAAGCAGCGGUUCUGAUCCAGAGGUGGUACCGGCGCUACGUGGCCCGGCUGGAGAUGCGGCGCCGCUACACCUGGAACAUCUUCCAGUCCAUGGAGUACGCUGCGGAGCAGGAGCAGCUGCAGCUCUCCAGCUUCUUCACCUACAUGUUGAACAACUUCACCCAGCUGAACGGGACCGGACCGGACCUGAUCUCCCAGCUGCUGGACCCCAUGGUGGACCCCUGGUUGGACCGAGAGGCCUGCUUCACCCUGAUCUCUGUCCCGGAGUCCUACACCGGACCCCGGSUGUCAUUUCCCCUCUCUGUCUCCGACACAAACGGCCUCCUCGCUGCCUUUAAAGAGCGCCAGACUCUUCACGCUCGCUACGUCCUGCAGCUGCUGUACGAAACCAAAAAACUGCUGAAACAAAUGCCCAACAUCGUCCACAUGUCCACGUCCUACACCAAGGACAUCACUAUCUGUGGUGAUCUGCAUGGACGACUCGAUGACUUACUGCUCAUUUUUUACAAGAACGGACUACCUUCUGCUGAGACUCCGUAUGUGUUUAACGGGGACUUUGUGGACCGAGGGAAGCAGUCUGUGGAGGUGGUGGUCCUCCUGUUCGCCUACGUYCUGCUGUACCCGGACUACAUGCACCUGAACCGAGGAAACCACGAGGACCACAUCAUGAACCUCAGAUACGGCUUUACAAAGGAAGUCAUGCAGAAGUACCGGAGUCACGGACGGGAGAUCCUCCAGCUGUUCCAGGAGGUUUUCAGUCUCCUGCCCAUCGCCACCAUCAUCGACGGAAAAGUUCUGAUUGUUCACGGGGGGAUCUCAGACCAGACGGACCUGGACUUCCUGAGUUCUAUAGAGAGGAACAAGGUGAAAUCUGCCUUGAAGUUUCCCAGAUGCAGUUUGGAGCAGCUGGAUAUCGGCCAGUCUCACAGAGCAGCUAAAAGAAUCCGAUCAACAGACGGUUCUCAUCCCAGCAGCAGCCGAAGAACCCCCAACCAGAGAAAGAGGAGAUGUGGACUCAGCCGACAAGACAGCAACACCUCCUCCUCCUCCUCCUCCUCCUCCUCCUCCUCAUCUUCACUGUGCUCUCCAAGAACUCCUUCCUGCAUCUCGCCUCGCUCCUUUCCAUUUUCUCCCAGCACGUCUUAUAACGCCCUCCAGGUCCCGUUCCUGGACUCUCUGUCCUCGGUCCCUCUUCCAAGUCCUCCUCAACACGAGCAAGAGUGGAAACAGAUCGUGGACAUUCUGUGGAGCGACCCUAAACCUCAGGACGGAUGCAGUCCCAACACCUUCAGAGGCGGAGGCUGUUACUUCGGUCCUGAUGUGACUCAGAGGCUGCUGCUGCAGCACGGUCUGCAGCUGCUGAUCCGCUCCCACGAGUGCAAGCAGGAAGGAUACGAGCUGUGCCACGACGGGCGGGUCAUCACCAUCUUCUCCGCUUCAAACUACUACGAGGACGGCAGCAACCGGGGGGCCUACAUCAAACUGGGACGAGAACUGGUUCCUCGGUUCUACCAGUACCAAGUCAGCCGCACAACCCGCAGACUGACCCUGACCCAGAGGGUCAGAGCGGCUGAAGGGUCGGCUCUCCGGGCCUUGAAGGAGAAACUGUUCGCUCAUCGUUCUGAGCUCAUAGCUGGAUUCAAGCAGAAAGACCAGAACCAGACCGGAAGUGUGUCGGUCAGUGAAUGGGCUCAGGUUUUAGAGUCCGUUCUGAGGCUGGACCUGCCCUGGAGGACUCUUCGCCCACACCUGGCCCGCCUGGCAGCCGAUGGCAGCGUGGAGUAUCGGUCCUGCUUCGAGGACAUGGGACCAGGACUUCCUUUGCCUCAGGUCGCCCCAAAUUUGGCCGAAACUCUGUUCAGAUACCGAACGGACAUCGAGAUCAUCUUCAACAUUAUUGACAAAGAUCAUUCAGGUCUGAUCUCCAUCGAGGAGUUCCGCCACACCUGGCGCCUCUUCAGCGCUCACCUGGGCGUGGACGUGGACGACGGCGCCAUCGAUGACCUGGCUCGCAGCAUCGACUUCAACAAAGAUGGCAGCAUCGACUUCACCGAGUUCCUGGAGGCCUUCAGAGUGGUCCACAAACUGGACCUGAAGAACCCAGCUCAGUGAUACCAAGGACUAAAGAAUUCAGUCAAACCUCAGAUUAACAAACUCAGUCAAACCUCAGAUUAACAAACUCAGUCAAACCUCGGAUUAACAAACUCAGUCAAACCUCGGAUUAACAAACUCAGUCACACCUCAGAUUAAAGAAAUCAAACCUCGGAUUAACAAACUCAGUCAAACCUUGUAUUAACAAACUCAGUCAAACCUUGUAUUAACAAACUCAGUCAAACCUGGGAUUAACAAACUCAAUCAAACCUUGGAUUAACAAACUCAGUCAAACCAGGGAUUAACAAACUCAGUCAAACCUUGGAUUAACAAACUCAAACCUCAAAUUAAAUAACUCCGUCAAAUCUCGGAUUAACAAACAGUCAAACCUUGUAUUAACAAACUCAGUCAAACCAGGGAUUAACAAACUCAGUCAAACCUUGGAUUAACAAACUCAGUCAAACCAGGGAUUAACAAACUCAAACCUCAAAUUAAAUAACUCCGUCAAAUCUCGGAUUAACAAACAGUCAAACCUUGUAUUAACAAACUCAGUCAAACCAGGGAUUAACAAACUCAGUCAAACCUUGGAUUAACAAACUCAGUCAAACCAGGGAUUAACAAACUCAGUCAAACCUUGGAUUAACAAACUCUAACCUCAAAUUAAAUAACUCCAUCAAACCUCGGAUUAACAAACUCAGUCAAACCUCAGAUUAAAGAACUCAAACCUCGGAUUAAAGAACCGAGUCAAACCUCAGAUUGACAAACUCAGUCAAACCUUGUAUUAACGAACUCAGUCAAACCAGGGAUUAACAAACUCAGUCAAACCUUGGAUUAGCAAACUCAAACCUCAAAUUAAAUAACUCCGUCAAACCUCAGAUUAACAAACUCAGUCACACCUCAGAUUAAAGAACUCAAACCUCAGAUUAACGAACUCAGUCAAACCUGGGAUUAAAUAACUCAGUCAAACCUUGUAUUAACGAACUCAGUCAAACCAGGGA